UUCCAAUGUGUUCCUAUGCCGUCCUCCGCCCACUGCCCCCUCACCUUGGGUACCGUCCAGGCAUCUGUCUCCUGCCUAACCUCCACCUCUCUCCACCAUCUCUCUCUCUCGCUUUCUCUCUCUCUCUCUGUCUCUCUCUCUCUGUCUCACUGUCUCUUUUACACAGAAUCCGGACAAUCAGACAGCUCAAACCAGCAAGGAGACACAGACAUCAAGCCACCACCCAAUGGGCACUUGAGUUUCCAGGACUGCUUUGUGACUUCAGGGGUGUGGAACGUGGCCGAGCUGGUCCGAGUGUCACAAACUCCAGUGGCCACAGCGUCCGGCCCCAACUUCUCCCUGGCCGACCUGGAGAGUCCUGGCUACUACAAUAUCAACCAGGUGGCCCUGGGACGCCGCUCCAUCACUUCCACCCCCUCCACCAGGACUGAAAUGGAGCUUUAUGCAAGUCUCCCACGGAGCUCCAACAAGCGCAAGUCCAUUGACGACAGUGAGAUGGAGAGCCCGGUGGACGAUGUCUUCUACUCGGGCCGCUCCCCUGCGGCCGGCAGCAGCUCCCAGUCCAGUGGCUGGCCCAACGAUGUGGACGCAGUGCAGCACCAUUUGGCCAGUGUGCAAGAGAGGAAGAUAAAGCAUGAAAACGAUGGCGUGCAGUUCCCUUACCAUGGACUCUCCUCGCCUGGUUCUCUUAAGAAGCCGGGGAAAUUCGAUUUCAGCGCCCUGUCGCAGCAGACGAGGUCGCCUCGCAUGGCGUUCACCCACCACCCGCUGCCAAUGCUGGCGGGAGUGAGACCAGGGAGCCCCCGUGCCUCAGCCUCUGCCCUGCACUUCCCCUCCCCCUCCAUCAUCCAGCAGUCCAGCCCGUACUUCACCCACCCCACCAUUCGCUACCACCACCAUCCUGGACAGGACCCCCUGAAGGAAUUUGUGCAGUUUGUCUGUGCUGAUGGCUCGGGACAGUCUGGCGGCCAGCCAAACGGGAGCGGCCAGAGCAAAAUGCCGGGCUCCUUCUUGCUGCCUCCACCUCCCCCAGUGGCCCGCCCAGUGCCCCUCCCCAUGUCCGACUCUAAAUCCAGCAGCACGCCUCCCGACGGCGGACUGACCUCGCCCACAUCUCCGUCUUACUCCACGUCAGGGGCCUCAGCUCCCAACAGGUUUGUCAGCAUCGGAUCACGGGACAACAACUUUCUGAACAUCCCGCAGCAGACACAGUCUUGGUUCCUCUGACAUGACCUGUCUGCAAACCAGCGUCUAGAAUCUUUCUUUACAAUUGGGAAUUGAAACAUGGAAAACAGAAAAAUAACCCACAGGAAAUUGCCCAACGAUCCUUAUGUCUCACAUAAAAAGUAAAGCAACCCAGGAAAUCUUAGCAUGAUACUAGUAGAGGAACUCUGGACCCAAUUACUUAAACAGAGGGACCCCCCCCCCCCCCCCCCCCCCCCCCCC